GGAACCAGAGGUCUUCGCGGCGCAUCGAUUUACGGCGCCUGCGCGGCCUGCAACACGCGCUGCAAGAGCUUCGCUCACAGCAGCAAUCGCCCGGACCGCGCGCGCGCAACUGCGUGCACGCCGCGGCCCUCCAAAGGCCAGACCAGCUCCUCGCCUCCGCGACGUGACCGAGCGCCGCCGACGCAGCGCGCAAAGAUGUUCGCACCCUCCGGCCCCGAGCCCAUCGUGGCCAUCAAGGCCGGUAAAUGUAAAGUAGAACCCCACCGCGACGAGGCGAAGCGCGCCGCCGGGAAGUUGUGGAUCACACCACAAAAGGACCGAGGAGAAGUGAUAGUCGUGAAGAAGGACGACGUGAACCAUUUUCAAUGGAGGAGCCGGGAGAUGCCCUGCGCGGUGGAUCCCAAUAUUGAUACCAUGGUCUUCCCCGGGGACGCCGAGUUCCAAAGGACGUCCACCGGACGGGACGAGGAUCGAGUGUACAUCCUCCAGUUCAAGGCCCAGGAGGACCGGCGCUUCUUCUUCUGGAUGCAGGACGCGGACGAUAGUAACGAUAAGGAGCUCGUCGAGAAGUUAAAUAAAGCUUUAAAUGGUGAUGGUGCUGAUUUGGGGGCUUCAUUGCGAGCUCUGAGGAACAAUCCGGCGCCUGCUCCUGCCGGGCAAGCACCUUUGAGCUUGGACAACAUCCAGGACGUUUUUGCGUCGCUAGACAUGCCCGCCGCUGCACCUGCACCCGCUGGAAGCGUGGACUCGGACGCGCUGGCUCGGUCGCUCGCGGCGGCCAUGUCCUCCCAACAACAGCGUGUUUCAUUGGGUGAUGUGGCGACGGGCGACGCCGUCGACGCUUCUGGUGUGUUGAAUGAUCAAACAGUAGUUGAGAGAUUAUUGCAGCACCUGCCCGAGUCCCAGCGCAACGUCGACGAGUUGAAGACGCUCAUACGGGCGCCGCAGUUCCGCCAGGCCCUAUCGCAGCUGACGAGCGCUUUACUCACCCCCGAAAACUACGCGUCCAUUCUAGCGAACUUUGGAUUGGAGGCGGCGCCUCUCACUGGUGAUCCGGUCCAGAGCUUCCUCGACGCGAUCACGAAGGCCGUCGAGAAGGACGGUGAUGGGGAUGCGAAGAUGGACGACGCCUAGGUUGUCUCCCCCGGCUUUAACGUAUCUUACUUAUCCUGUCGCGCCGAUGGCGUUUGACACAUACAAGGUACUUA